AUGUCUAAAUCAAAAAUGAUAGAAACCGAAGAAAACUUUUUAUGUUUAUCUCACCAGAAUGAAAAAAUUUGUAUGAUAGUGCUUGAUCCAAAGUUAGAUAAGAAUAAAAAAUUUUUUUGUAAAUCAUGUUUGAAUAACUUCGAAUCAGAUGCCAAAACUAUAGGAUUACAAAGAAUUUUAGAGAUUAUUGAAUAAAUUAUUGAUACCAAUAAUAAUGAAUGUGAAAAAAUAAUUAAUGAAACAAUUUAGUAAUUAAUCAAAAUUAAUAAAAUUACAGAAGAAUUAAAGACAUCUUUUCUAAACUUAUUUGAUUCUAUAAUUGGAAUAACUUCAUAAUGGAUUAAUAAUUUAUAAGAUUAGAAAGAAUAAUAAAAUCAAUACUCUUUUUAUGAAGAAUUAGAUAAUUAUAUUAAGAACAAAAAUACUAACUUUAUUUAAAGAAAAAAACUUAUUAAUAAGAUAAAUAAUUCUUCAAUGUUGAAGUUACAUAAAACUUUAUCAGAUUAUCACUUAAAUAAGGAUAAGUUUAACUUAGGAGAAUUAAAAAAAUAAUUUUUCAAGAUUAUUUAAUCAAAUUAAUUUGAUUAAGGUGAUAUUAAUUUACAAUAAAUUGAUCAAUCAGUUAAAUAAACUGACUCAUGUAAAGCAAUAGUUUUUGAUUUUUCUGGUUCAAUUAUGUUAUCAACUAAAGAUAAUGAUAUUUAAGUAUGGAAAUUUGAAGAUGGAACAAUAUAAUUAAUAAAUACUUUGGUAUGUCAUACUAAUUUGGUUUCAUGCUUAGUUUAUAGUAAAAAAUAAAAUUCCUUUAUUUCAGGCUCUGUAGAUAAUGCAAUAAUAUGUUGGCAAAGAAUUAAUUAAAUUGAUUGGAAUUACUCAUAAGCUUAUAAAUAACAUACAAAGUCUGUAAAAUGUAUCUUAUUAAAUUCAAAAGAAGAUAUCCUAUUUUCUGGAAGUGAUGAUACAUCAAUUAAUGUAUGGAAGGUUGAAUUUAAUAAAAAUUAAUUGACAUAUCUUUAUUCUUUAAAUAAACAUAAAAAUUCUAUUAAUUCAUUAAGUUUAAAUAAAUCAGAAAAUUAUUUAGUAUCAUGUGCAUAAGAUCAAAAUGGAAUUAUAAUUUGGGAAUAUUAAUCAUAAAAUAAGUUUGUGUACAAAUAUUUAGUUAAAUAAUCAAUUUAAGAUUAUGGACUUAAGGUUUAGUUUAUUAAAGAUAAUUAAUUUAUUUGGAUUACAGGUGAUAAAGAUUUUGAUUAAAUGUAUGUAUUUGAAUUAAAAGAAAGAGUUUUUUAAGAGAAUUUAGAGAAGACAAUUUAAUUGGAUAAAAAUAAUUAACCUCUUGAUGAGUUUCGUUUUCCAAUAGUUUACAAUGAGGAGAAGAAUUUGAUAGUAGUGAGACAUAAAACUCAUAUAUAUAUCAUUAGAUUAAUGAAUGAUGGAAAGUUCAAAAUAGUUAAUAAAUUGAAUUUCAACACAAAUAAAAUAUUUGGGACUAUCUCAAAUAAUGGAGAUUAUUUAGUGUUUUGGGAUGAUUACAUUAAACAAUAUUCAAUAUAUGAAUUAUAUGAAAAAUGA